CACCAGCCGCUAGGGACCAAAGGAAGAGGAGGUGAGCUGCUGCUUCAACAUGGUAUCAGAGCAAGGUGGCAGUGGGGCCUGAAGGGAAGCCGGUUCAGGUAGGGAGUGGGUCUGCGCGGCGGAGAGGAGACGAGGUGGUGCUGUGUGCAAGGGGAAGGAGAAGGACAAGCUGGACUGUGGUUCUUGCUGCUGCGUGCAGCUGCUCGUCCAGGAGUGAAGCAAGGGUGGUGGGUUUCUCAAGUUGUGUGUGCCUGCUGCUGGUGAAAGGAGGUUGCUGGUAAGCGUGCCCCGAAGUUGUCUGUUGUUUUUGCUGGGUGAAGGUGAGAGUGCAGAUGGGUGAGCCCAAAGGCCUUGCGGAGGCUCUCGAGCAGCUCACGCUGUUUCUCUCAAAAGGGGGUGGCUCUGAGGCCAUUGUUCCCCGACAAGAAGUGGUUCAGAAGAUUGACCUAUCACCCACAGACAUCAAGCUAGAGGGGGUUACCAACUAUCUGAGUUGGUCUCGGAGGGCAAUGUUGGCUGUGGAUCAGAAAGAUCUUGAUGGGUACUUAUUGGGGACUGUCAAAGAACCAGGAGACAAGACUAGUGCUGAGGGAAAGAAAUGGAAAACCGUCAACUCUCUGAUUAUUGGGUGGCUGUUGAACUCGGUGGUGCCCUCCAUUGGGCGUUCCGUGGAGGGGUUGUCCACAGCUGCUGAAAUAUGGAAGACCUUGUCCAUCCAGUACUCUGGUAAGGGCAAUGUCAUGCUCAUUGCUCGGAUUGAUGGGAAGAUUCGCCAUCUCCGCCAGGGGGACAUGAUAGUGAUGGCAUAUGUGGCAGAGCUGCAAGCCUUAUGGGCUGAUCAGAACCCUCUCGAACUCUAUGAUGCAGCCUCCAUCGAGUCAGGGCAAAAGUGGAUAGCGCCAAGGCGUGUGCUCAAGUUUUUGGAGGGGCUAAGUAAGUGCCUUGAUGGCACCACACCUCCUUGCCCACUCUUGACGAGGCCAUUGCAGCAAUGGCUCAACAGGAGGUGCGGCUCUCUCUGGAACCAGCAGAUGAGAAAGUUGUGUCAGCUCCAACGUUUGUUGUGACCGAGCGUAGAGAGUGGAAAGAGACUAGGGACUGUUUCAUUUGUGGGGAGACUGGUCACCUAAAGUGGUACUGCCCAACUCGUGGUAGAGGCAAUAACAGAGGGGGAAGUAGCAGGAUGUCAGGAGGUAGAGGUGGAUACUCGGGACGUCAAACUGCUAGAGGUAGAGGAGGACACACCGGAAACUCCGGUGGUCAGAGUGCACACAUGGCAACUGAAGUGGACAAUGGGACGUCAAAGGAUGCAGAAGUGGAUGGUGCUGCCUAUGGAAACUUUGCUAACUUGGUCUCCAUGGAUGAAGGAGCGGGAGACGAGGCAGAUGGUUGGGACUGGCACCAGGCGUAAGGGGCUCUGGUAUGUGGAAAAGGGGGUGCAGCCAGAGUUGGUGUAUGCUGCAACCAUGGAGGACAAGGAAAAACAAGCUAUGAUCCAUCACUGUAGGAUGGGGCAUGUGUCUUUCGAUAAGAUGAGUAGAAUAUUUCCUGAUAUUAUGUGUGGAAUAAGCAAUGGCAAGUUAACAUGUGAUGCUUGCGAAUAUGCUAAACAUACAAGAGCCUCAUAUGUGAGUAAGGGGCUUAGGAGCAUAUCUCCUUUUAUGCUUAUUCAUUCAGAUGUAUGGACUUCCCCAGUGGUGUCAGUGAAUGGAAUGAAGUACUUUGUUACCUUUA